UAUGUCCGCGGUUAUAGAUUCAAACGAAAUUAAGCUUUUAAAUAAAAAAAGGAGGGAUAAAGAGCCAUUAUGGUUAGUGAAGAAAAUGAUAGAAAAUCCCAAGUUAGCCUUCGGAAUAACGUUGGGCGCUCAUGUAUUCAUGAUAUUGUUAACAAUUUUACUUGUUAUUGCCAAAGUUAAAGUCUUUCCAAUCAAUUUUCGAACCUUUCCUGUUGGUAUCAAGAAUUCUGUUCAGUCUAAAAGAGAGUCUGCAUGGGAAGGAAAAUUCUCGGACGAUCCACAGCGCAUAAGAAGAGUGGUUAUCAAUGACACUACUCCAUAUUGGCCAAGGGGACAUACAACUGACGAUAUAGAAAUUUUCUUAAAAUCGAAAAAGUCUGGUAAUACUAUCUUUACGAAAGGAAACUUAAAACAAAUGAAAGAUAUUGAAGAAAAACUCUUUAAAGUUGAAAAAUAUAAGGAUUUUUGUCAAGUGAACAAAGAAAACAAAUGUCUUCCUCCCGUUUCUUUAAUAAGAUUUUUCGACGGAACCUACUCUAAUGUCGAUCCAAUUUUCAACGAUCCAGAUUUUACAAAUAUAAAUCUUGUAUUAUAUACGGCAUAUAAGAAUCCUCAAACGGCUGGCAUAUUUCGAUAUUUUUUAGCAAAGGAACAUAAAAUAGAUGAGAAUGCUAAAAAAAUUACAGCAGAUCUAACAAGACUUAAAUUACCUCUAGGUUGGCCUCUAGAAAAUGCUUCAACAACAUCAGAAGACAGGGACAAAAUAGGAGAGUUCAACGAGGACCAUAUUGAACCAAUAUUAAAAGAAUUUGGAAAAUCGGUGGUAGAUAUGAAAUCCUACUAUUACAUGAAUACUAUUUUCGGAAAUCAAGCUAUUCUUCAGGCAGUUAAGGAUAUGGCUUUAGCUUUUGGUAGUAUGACAUUUAUAUUUCUUUUUAUAUGGUUUCAAACCAAAUCUUUAUGGAUUACUGGCUGGUCGCUUCUUGGUAUUAUCUUUUGUUUCUUUGAGACGAAUCUUAUUUACCGAUUUAUAUUGGACAUGAGAUAUUUUGGUUACUUUCAUAUCAUCGCUAUAUUUAUAAUUCUGGGGAUUGGAGCUGACGAUAUAUUCGUCUUUUUUGACACUUGGAAAGCAACAGGUCUCGAAAGCUAUAAUUCAUUGGCCCAUAGGUUGUCAGAUUGUUAUAGGAGGGCUUCUGGCACUAUGUUAUUUACUUCUAUUACAACGGCUGCAGCAUUUUUCGCAUCAGGUGCUUCCCCUAUACUUCCUAUUGGUACUUUUGGAAUAUUUACGGGGAUAUUAGUUAUUGUAAAUUAUUUGUCUGUAAUUAUCUUCUUCCCUACUGUUGUUUUAACAAGUCAUUUAUACUGGUCGGAUUGGAAAUGCCCAUGUUGUAGAGUCUGCUCUAACAGAACACACUCUGAAGAAGAUUUAUCUCAAGAGCAAAACAGCGAAGAAAAUUUUAUAGUUGGAUUCUUUAGAGAUAAAUAUUUUUAUUUCAUAACGAACAAGUAUGUAAAGUGGGCUAUAAUUGCUGGAUUCACAGGACUUUCAGUAUUUUUCGCAUGGAGCGCCAGCAGAGUCAAAAUUGGAACUGGAGAGGUCGAAAUAUUCAAAAAGUUUCACAACUUAGGCCAAUCGUUAGAUUAUAAAAACAACGCCUUUCUACCAUCAAAAGAUACUUAUGUCAGUGUAAUUAUUACAUGGGGCAUGAAGGAAAGAGACUUUAGUGACUGUCACAAAACUGAUCAUGAAUGUAAGGGGAAACAAGUUUGGGAUAAUGACUUCGACAUGAAUAAACCAGCAAAUCAACUUGCGAUAAAGAAUUUCUGUGAUUACAUGGAAAAUGGAUUGAUGAAAAAAAAGAAAGAUGAGUUAAAGAUCGAUACUGUUGAAUGUUUUAUUAAAGCUAUGGAUAACUUUAUUCAGGUGAAUGAUACAGGAAUAAACAACAUAAAUCCUAUAAAGUUGCCUCUAAAUGGAAUAAAGGUGCUACCUCUUAUGAGAAAUCGAACGGAUAUAUAUUCAGUAGACAAACUAUCUGAUAAUUUUUAUCGAUACUUCGAAAUUGGAACGUCAUACUUUUUAAAUAACGCUUAUAAAAUGGAAGAAACUCAAGAUAUUAAAACUUAUAGUAAGCUUAUAGGAGAGUCUUUUGAUGGUGAAAAUACUCAAGUAGCAAACUUUCGCUUAGAACAAAACGCAUCUGAUAUAUUCUAUGGAACUAAAUUAAGGUUCGCUGGUAUUAGAGUGAAUUUAACAUCUUCUUAUAUGGAAUUAGGACAAAGUGAAGGUCUCCCUUUGCAGGACAAUUGGGAAGAGUUUGUUAAAGAAGAGGUUGCUAAAAUGCCUAGAGAAUUACAAAAUGGAUUUCAGCUGACUGAGAAUAAUGUAUGGCAUAUUUUAGUAAUACAAAAGGAAUUGACAAGAAAUGCUCUACUUGGGAUUAUAAUCGGAUUGUGUAUAGCUUUCCCAGUUUUAGUUAUAGCCACAGAAAACAUCAUUGUGGGAUCACUUGCGACAUUAACAAUUGGUUUCGUGACUGUGGGAGUUAUUGGUCUCAUACCAAUAUUCUCUUGGAAACUGGACGUACUUGUUUCUUUAAACUUAUGUCUGGUAGUUGGAUUAUCUGUUGAUUAUGUGGUUCAUUUAGCUGAAGCCUAUCAUUUAUCCGUGCGCAAAACAAGACCAGAACGAGUACAAGAUGCUCUAGAGCAUAUUGGUCUCUCAGUAUUAUCAGGUGCAUUAACCACUUUGGGCGCCAGCUUCUUUAUGAUUUUUAGUGGCCUAGUUUUCUUCUUCCAAUUCGGUCUCUUCAUGUUUACAACAAUCGCUUUGUCACUUUUAUACUCCAUGGUCUUUUUUAUGACCGUCCUAUCUAUAAUUGGACCACAAGGCCAAAUUGGCUGCCUUCGCAGUCUAUUUAGAAUUAUAAAGGGUAAAAUACUUGGGAAAAUACAUGAAAAUGAGCAAAAAUGUACAGACUGUAAGGGAAAAGGCUAUGUACCCAUUCAGACGGAGUUAGAAGAGGCUGUUAUUGAAAGAAUAGAACUUAAAGGACAAAAAGAGGGUGUUUACCUCGACGAAGUUUUACGCACUGCUCAGCUAUAA